AUGGACUUGAAUACUCUGCCUCCAGACAUUUUUGAGAUAGUUCUUACAUAUCUGGACCUCAACACCGUCAAGGCUCUCCGUCUAACAGACCGGAAGCUCGCAAAGAAGUGCAUCGGGCCCCGGUUUUUAGGCUCCAUUCAACAACCCAUUUGCGAUGUGUCGUCGCAGACUCUUCGUUCCCUUCGUGCCUUGUCUUGCAAUCCUGCCCUCAGCAAAAUGAUUCAUUCUCUGACUUUCCUUGCCACAAACCUGGAUGCUUCCAAACUAGAGAAGAACGUGGAAUCUGGAAAAUACGAUGAGGUCAAAGUCCACGGGCGUAUGUUUGAGCGGACGACCAUUCCCUAUUCAGCUGAGGGUCUCUCGGAAGCCAAAUCUGAUCUAAAUUGGUUAAAGGAACAACAAAGAGCAAGAGUCAAUGAGUCCUCAAGCGAGAUGAUUGAACUUCUUCAACUUUCACUGAGAGGAUUUAACCCGAUACAUUCCAUCCGCUUAGAUGGUGCUCUAAUACUUGGACGUACGCAAAGAGCAUCGACCGAGAAAGGGGCGUGGCAUCCGUUCUGGAUGCGAGCCUCGCAGGUAUUUUCUUGGAUUGUCACAGCGAUUGUGCAGAGCGGGUCCUCGGUGAAGAAACUCGACGUAUAUCGCAGUACUCCUAGAUGCUGCAUUCCAUCCAGCCAUAUCACCACCUAUGCAUCGGACCUUGACCUAAAACAAUUAGGAACGCUAUGCGAGAACCUGGAAUCACUCGAGCUGAGUAUGUCAGCGGAGAUACAGAAUGAUCUCGACAUUGCCGAAGUGGAUGAAGAUGCACUAGAAACGGAUGAAGGCUCGGAAACGGAAAGUGACUACGGUGCAUCGAGGGAAGGACACUUAUCAUGGAAGGAUCCUCGUGCAGUGCUAGCUGAUACAACACCAGGAAUUACAUCCCUGCUUAAGUCUGCGCCAGCUCUCCGAGAGUUGGAUUUAUUUUUCCGCAAUGCGCUGCAAGAUGGGGCGUUAGACAGCUAUGACCGGAUCAUUGAAAGCAUCGCCGAUGAAACCCAGUUCCCGGAGCUAGAAAGAUGUGCACUUUCUGGGUUCAUGGCGAAAGAGGAGUCUAUUCUGCUAUUUCUCCGGAAGCAUCCCAAUCUCCGCUCUUUCACGUUGCAUGAGUGCAAUUUGACCACCGGGUCAUGGAAUCCGAUCUUUUCUCAUCUAGAAAGGUCGAUGCCAAAGCUAGACAAUCUCAGCCUCUCAAAUUUGAGUGGAAAACAUACUCAGUGUCUGAGAUAUUUACGAAUGGAUGCUGCUUCCAAUUCAAAUACCGAAGGGCAGGAUGAAGAGGAGGACGAGCAAGAAGUUGAUCGCAUGGUAAAUCUGAAACCAAUUUGGGACUCAGAUCGACCGGCGCGUUGGACAUCCUUCUUGUAUUUUCAAGGAAGGCUUACGCACACGAGGAGCUUCAAUCGGGAAGAAUUGAAGAAAGGGCUCGUGUUUUGGCCGAUAAUCACGACACACGGACGAUCUAAGGGCUGUCCUGAGGCUUGGCGAUGGAGACAAUCUCGAAGGGCGCUGUAUGGGCCUCCAUAG